AUGCCCCCCUCGCACGUGCACCAUGCUCUCUCCUGGAUUACUUUAUGCUUCGCGAUUGCGGCCGUGACCGGUUCCCAGCACGGGAUCCCACUCGGAGUGGUUAAACUGUGGGCUUCAGCUUUCGGUGGCGAAAUUAAAUCCAUAACCACAAAAUACUCUGGUUCCCAGCUACUACAGAAGAAAUAUAAGGAAUAUGAAAAAUCGGUCCGCCUCGAGGAGAUUGACGGCGCCAGACUUGUGAAAAAUGUGGCUGAGAACAUGGCAGAAAUGUUCCAGAAGAAAGCAGAGGCCGCGCGGCGGAUAGUCGAGGCAGCAGAAGAGGCACAUCUUCAGCACGAGGAGAACCCCGAUCUUCAGUACGAGUACUUCAACGCAGUUCUGAUCAAUGAAGUGGACGUGAAUGGCCACAGUGUGGAGCUGGGGGGGGAGUUUGUCCUGGAGCCCAACGACCACUUCAGCAACCUGUCUGUAAACCUCAGCCUCAGCGUAGUCCAGGUGCCCACCAACAUGUACAAUAAAGAUCCUGAUAUAGUGAAUGGGGUUUACUGGUCAGAAGCUUUAAAUAAAAUAUUUGUGGACAAUUUUGAAAAGGAUCCCUCGCUUAUUUGGCAGUAUUUUGGAAGUGCUAAAGGUUUCUUCAGGCAAUAUCCAGGUGUGAAAUGGCAUCCUGAUGAACAUGGCGUCAUCUCUUUUGACUGCCGCAACAGGAAAUGGUACAUCCAGGCCGCCACCUCUCCGAAAGACGUGGUGAUCCUGGUGGACGUCAGCGGCAGCAUGAAAGGUCUGCGGCUAACCAUCGCCAGGCAGACCGUCUCUUCCAUCCUGGACACCCUGGGCGACGACGACUUCUUCAACAUAAUCGCUUACAACCAGGAGGUCCAUUAUGUGGAACCGUGUCUGAAUGGUACACUGGUGCAGGCAGACAGAACCAAUAAAGAUCAUUUCCGGGAGCAUCUGGACAAGCUGUUUGCCAAGGGCAUUGGACUGCUGGGUGAAGCUCUGACUGAGGCUUUUACCAUCCUCAAUGAGUUUAACCAGGCAGGGCGUGGGAGUGUAUGCAGCCGAGCCAUUAUGCUGGUGACAGACGGAGCCACUGAAAUGUACGAUGAUGUUUUCGCUAAGUUCAACUGGCCUGAGCGUAAGGUACGCAUAUUCCCUUACCUGAUUGGACGUGAAUCAGCCUUUGCAGAUAACCUAAAGUGGAUGGCGUGUGCUAAUAAAGGCUACUUCAGUCAGAUCUCCACUCUGGCUGAUGUUCAGGAGAAUGUGAUGAGAUACCUGCAUGUGAUGAGCCGGCCCAAGGUUAUCGACCAUGAGCAUGAUACAGUGUGGACCGAAGCCUAUGUAGACAGCGCUCUUGCACAGGCUCAUAAGCUCGGAGCUCACAGAGGCCCAAACCCAAUGACCACAGUAGCCAUGCCUGUGUUUAGCACCAAGAAUGAGACGAAAAACCAAGGUAUUCUUCUGGGUGUGGUCGGCAUAGAUAUUCCCAUUCAAGAGCUAAUGAAGACUGUUCCUAAACACAAGCUGGGAAUACAUGGGUAUGCAUUUGCCAUAACCAAUAACGGCUAUAUCCUCAUGCACCCGGACCUCAGACCUCUGUACCAGGAGGGACAGAAGAGACGCAAGGCCCAUUACAGCAGCGUGGACCUCUCUGAGGUGGAGGUGGAAGAUACUGAUGAUUUUCUGAGGACAGCCAUGGUGAACAGGAAAACUGGAACCUUCUCCAUGGAGGUGAAGCGGACUGUGGAAAAAAGGAAACGUGUUCUCUCAAUGCACAAUGACUACUACUUCACUGAUAUCAAAGGAACUCCAUUUAGUGUCGGAGUGACUUUGUCUCGAGGUCAUGGCAAGUACUUCCUGAAAGGCAAUGUUUCUUUGGAAGCAGGCCUGCGAGAACUGGAGCAGCCAGAUGUAGCACUGGCGGAUGAAUGGACAUACUGCAACACAGAUGAUCACCAUGAGCAUCAGUACCUGACACAGGUUAAGGCCAUCAAACAGUACCUGACCAGCCGCAAACCACAAUUCAAAUGUGACAGGGAGCUGAUCCAGCAGGUUCUGUUUGACGCAGUGGUUAGUGCUCCUCUCAAAGCCUACUGGACCGGACUCGCCCUGAACAAGUCUGAGAACCCUGAGAAAGGGGUAGAGAUUGCUUUCCUUGGAACUCGCACCGGCCUAUCCAGAACCAACCUGUUUGUUGUUCCAGAGCAGCUGACCAAUCAGGACCUACUAACGGCAGAGGAUAAGGAGGGUGUUUUUAAUGCUGACCAUUUCCCUCUGUGGUAUAAGAGAGCAGCUGAACAGGUUCCAGGCACCUUCAUCUAUUCCAUUCCAUUUAGUUCAGCACAGGAGAAUAAAAGUGUAGUGUUGGCCAGUACUGCUAUUCAGCUCUUAGAGGACCGAAGGUCUUCAGUAGUGGCAGCUAUUGGGAUUCAGAUGAAAUUAGACUUCUUUCAAAGGAAAUUUUGGACAGCCAGCCGACAGUGCAAUGCUCUUGAUGGAAAAUGCUCGAUAAGUUGUGAUAAUGAGGACAUUAAGUGUUACCUCAUCGACAACAACGGCUUCAUCCUGGUUUCUGAGGCUUACUCUCAGACAGGCUUGUUCUUUGGAGAGGUAGAGGGAGCGGUCAUGAACAAACUGCUUCUCAUGGGCUCAUUUAAAAGGAUUACGCUGUAUGAUUACCAGGCUCUGUGUAAAGAAUAUACUGGCAGUAGUGAUAGUGCCCACACUCUGCUCGAUCCUUUUUCAGCUAUCAGAUGGAUCAUGGGUGAACUCAUCUUAUUCCUGUUAGAGUUUAACUUUUACAGCUGGUGGAAUUUGGACUCUACAGUUCAAGCUGACAGAGCUCAGAGGAGGACAACAAUGGUUCCAUGUGACACAGAGUACCCAGCCUUCGUCUCUGAACGCACUAUCAAAGAGACAGCUGGCAGCAUCGACUGCGAUGGCUGCAUGAGAACAUUUGUUAUUCAGCAGAUUCCCAGCAGUAACCUGUUUAUGGUGGUUGUUGAAAAUAAGUGUGACUGCAGUUCUACCCUUCCAGUUACCAUGGAACCAAUCGAGAUCAUCUACAAUGAAUCUCUCAAGUGUGACAGACUGAAGUUCCAGAAGGACCGCAAACGCCCAGAUUCCUGCCACCCUUUCCAUCCUGAGGAGAAUGCCAUAGAAUGUGGAUCUGCUGGGACCCUUUCUCCUAUGCUGGGGGCUGCUCUGUUGUCUCUCAUGAUAUUUCUGAUCUCCAGGUGACCUUUGAUGUGACCUAUAACAUUUCACCCUGAGCACUGAUUGGAUAGCGCUUCCUAGUUAACGGCUAAUGCCAAAUGGGAGGGAAAAACUCAUUGUUAAAAUCAGAAUCAACAUUAUGACUUCAGAUCAAACCUGCUGAUGCCAGCAGGAUGAAUGGUUUCAUGAAUAUGGACUGUUUAUAUGGAGAUGGUAUUGAUCAUGAAAUUAUUCAAAAAUUUCACAUUAAGCAAAAGUGCUGAAACCUUGAAAGUCAAUGAAUUCACAUGUCCCUGCUUUUCUCUGUUAUCCAAAAGUCAGUAGUGAUAUUCGUUAAACAAGCAAAUAGGAAGAAAUAAAUUAAUUCUUAUAUGUCUGCCUCUCAUUUUGUUACAAGAUUGGAUAUAUUUGAAACACAUAAAAUGCAUGAAGUGAAAAAAGAUUAGAAUUCAGUCAGAAUUCAGUCAUGGUGCAGAAAUCAGUUGGUAAUAAUUUCACAGAGAGAAGGGGUGUGGAUUAUUCUUAAAGUUUGUUAGUUUGCCUGCUUAGCAAAAGUGUCAGUGAAAAUGUUCAU